UACUUACCAUAUGAUGGUGAUGUGUACUUAUAUAUAUAUAUUCUCUGCUCAUGCAGGACUACUUAUACCCGCAAUUAUUAUUAUUAUAUAUAUAAGUAUAUUUACUUGCGAACAUCCAAACCGAGCCGAGUCGAGGCGCCCUGCAAUAACCAGAGCUCAUGGACGAAAGUGAGUGAUUGCAUGUAGUAUGCGUGAAAUGAAAAAAAAAAGAUACAACCAAGAUAUUGCAGCUACUUAUAGUACUUAAGUACUUGAAACCAUCGUGUUUAUGUACUCUCGGAAUUGUGUGGCGGCGGUGGCAGUCUGUUAGGAAACUAUAGCCGAUUCCCAAGAAAUUUUAUGUAUAAAUAAAUAGAUAUAUACUUGUGUGUGCGCACACUAAUUGUAGCAAUAAGAAAAAAUUUCACAGAAUGCCACACAAGUUUAUACUUUUUAAGACAAAUAAAUAAAACUUGAUUGGUAGUUGCGGGCAAGAUUAUGACAAUGGACAGCUCCAAUGAGGAGAAAGAUUAUCUGGAGCUGCCUUUCGGCCCUCCACCGAUACUACCAGAUAUCAGAACAGAGCUAAAAGAGUACAUUGUGAAUCCGGAAAAACUUGCGAUUCAUCAGGUUGACAAGGUGCAACAGUACUGGGAGAGGAAACCAAAAAUAUUGUCACUUUUAGAGGCCAAUUUAACUCCCCUUGGAACCACUCUUAAAUAUGAAAGAGAUCCCAUCACUGGUCAUAUCGGGGAAAUCCAGGAGGUGUUGAUGCAAAACAUUGGAGAGACUGUACGAAACUCUAUGUCAAUGGCUAGAGCACCUGGACCCAUUUCCGAGGGUGUAAAAGGUAAUGCUAGUAAUUUUUUGUUCUGGCCUGGUGGAUUUGACGAGCCACAAAAGACAUCUAAAAGAGAAACGAUCCAAGUGGAUUUUGAAAAUAAUUUAAAAACACUGGCAAAAGGUUUCAGUGCAGGUAUUGAGUUUAUGCCUGAUAAUUGCACCCCCAAAAAUGCACAAGAUUCGAGUUGCCACUCAGUCAUAGAAUCAUCGCACAAGAAACAAGUCAAUGUUAAUCUUGAGUCAGUUGUUGAUAAAGAAGGACACUCUCUGGCUUUCUGGUUUACUGGGGAAAAAAAUGAGGAGAAGAAGAAUGAAGAAAAUAAGGAUGGCAAUGUAGGGAAGGUUGAUGUGCAAACAACUAAUAUGGAUGAGUUUAUUGAGCCAUUUAAAGAGAGUAAAGUACCGGUUUUCAAAAUAUCGGAGGCUCCAAAAUAUAACAUGAAGACCAAAUGGGCCGAACAGAUAGACAUCAUGAUUCCUGUUAAUGAUUUUGACAAGAAAAUACCAGAUCCAGCCAUGACAUUCCCUUAUGAACUUGAUACCUUCCAGAAGCAAGCUAUUCUCAAGCUAGAAGAACAGUGUGAUGUUUUCGUUGCAGCUCAUACUUCUGCUGGAAAAACCACAAUUGCCGAAUAUGCAAUAGCUAUGAGUCAAAAACACAUGACAAGAACUAUUUACACAUCCCCAAUAAAAGCACUUUCUAAUCAAAAGUUUAGGGAGUUUAAAGAAAAAUUUGAGAAUGUUGGUCUCAUCACAGGAGAUUUGCAAAUUGAGCCAACAGCAACGUGCCUUAUCAUGACCACAGAGAUUCUCCAGUCAAUGUUAUACUGUGCUGCUGAAGUUAUAAGAGAUGUAGAAUAUGUUAUAUUUGAUGAAGUACAUUACAUCAACAAUGAAGACCGAGGUCAUGUAUGGGAGCAAGUUAUUAUUCUUCUGCCUCCAACUGUAAAUAUAGUAAUGUUAUCAGCUACAGUUCCAAAUCCACUUGAGUUUGCCCACUGGGUUGGUCAAAUAAAGAGAAGAAAAAUGUAUGUAAUCAGUACAGUAAAAAGACCUGUACCCUUGCAGCAUUACCUCUAUACUGGAUGUGAUAAAAAAAGUAAAGAUCAACUAUUCCUCCUGGUUGAUAAAGAUGGCAAAUUCAUAAGAAGCAGUAUAAAAGAAGCUAUAGCUAUCAAGAAAGAGCAAUCAGCAAACCAAAAAAAAAGCCAGCAAACGAAAUACCAACAUCAGCGGGAGCAAGCCAAACAAAAACCAUCUUUAACUAUGAGCCCUUCAGUAUUGAAAAAUUUAAGUGCUGCCGAAACUUUGGAUUCGGUUGCUGCAGCAAAAGAAGAGGAAGAUAAGUUGGAAGAUCAAGUGAGGCAGCAAAUGAUUACAGCGAAAGAUAAAAGGAUGUGGGUAGCCUUUUUGGACCAUCUCCAAAGCACGGAUAAAUUGCCAGUCGUUAUUUUUAUCUUGUCGAGAAACAGGUGUGACAAAACCGCUAAUGCUUUCUCAGAAAGUUUGCUCAACCAUGCAGAGCAAAGGUAUGUGGGAGAAUUCUUCGACAAGUCCAUCAGACAUUUGAAGGGUACAGAUUCGCAAUUACCGCAGGUCCGCAAAAUGCAGAGAUUAUUGAAAUUGGGAAUUGGAGUUCAUCACAGUGGCAUUUUGCCUAUUUUGAAAGAAAUAGUUGAGAUGCUUUUCCAGAAGGGCAUAGUCAAGGUAUUAUUUGCAACGGAAACCUUUGCCAUGGGCGUAAACAUGCCUGCCAAGACCGUCGUCUUCGAUUCAUGGGAAAAGUACGACGGCAACUCCUCCAGGAAUCUUCUGCCCACCGAGUAUAUUCAAAUGGCUGGUCGCGCUGGGCGCCGGGGUCACGAUGAAACGGGUACUGUGAUAAUUCUCUGCAAGAAGAAGGUACCAGAAGAAAAAGAUCUCAGAGACAUGGUUCUCGGCGCUCCGCAGAACUUGGAAUCAAAAUUCAAAGUUACCUACUCGAUGAUAUUACACUUGAAACGUCUCAGCGAAACGAUUUCAGUUGGAGACAUGAUGCGUAGAUCGUUCAAGGAGGUAAAGACUUGGUCCAGUCAAAAGAAGAAUAAAAACGAGCUGGAGAAGAUAUUGCAGGAAAUCGAACAAGCUCCCCCUCUGGCAGAGCAUCAAAAAGAAAUGGAGCAGUUCUAUGACUUGGCCAAGACCUAUGUGACUUUGUGGAAAGAAUUACGACCAUCUAUGCUGGAAGGGAAGAAAGCUGUCAAAUCUUUGGUAGAAGGAAGAGUUCUUUGUAUAUCUUAUCGUAACCACUAUAACAAAUUGGGUAUCUUGUUGGGUUUCCGGAAAAAAUCGCCGCCAGAGAUUCUUUACCAAGUAUUCAUCCUGACAAGUUACCAAGAAGAAGAAGAGGCAAAAUCCAGUGACAAGACGGAGACGUAUCAUGACCUUAUUGGUCUAACUUGUAAAAAAUUAUAUCAUCCAAGUGAAAAUCCUACCCACGAUAUCUUAAUUGUACCAGGAUGGUCAAUCAUGGAAGUGACAAACUGUAUAAUCAAUGUCAAUUGCAAAAUGAUUUUAGCUGAUUGGGAUAAGAGACAGAUACCCAGAUUCAAAGACGCAGCACCCGGACCCUCUUGUGUAGCAGCAAUGAAUGAACUCUCUACGCUUUCAUUAGCAGUACAAGAUGAUCUAUCCGUGAUACAACCGUUUUUAGAACUCAAAAUCCAGUGCAUGGAAAUAAAAGAUCUACAUUUGCAGAAUAAGGAGGCAUUGUUGCAUCACAUUUAUCAAAUGCUGAAACCAAUUCAAGAUAAACUAGAAGGUACGACCAACUUGGAUCAAGAAUUUUAUCAAGUCUUUAAAUACAAGGAACUGGAGCAGAAAAAGCACGAGUUGCUCAAAAGACUUGGUGAUGAAUAUUUGGGAAACUAUCCCGAGUAUGAAAGCCGACUUGCAGUUCUGAAAGAACUGGAUUAUAUCGAUCGUGAGGAUAGAGUUACGUUAAAAGGUCGAGUAGCUCUUGAAAUGGGAACUUGCGAGAUCUUUUUGACCGAGUUGGUGUUGGACAACGUUCUCACGAACUGGCAACCUGAAGAAAUUGCUGCAAUGCUGUCUUCUCUGGUUUUCCAACAUAAAAGUAAUGAUGAGGAAAAAGAUGAUGAUAUCCCUAAGUUGAAUGAGUUGAAAAAAGAAAUGACACAAGUUUACGAAAAAUUGGCCAAAAUCGAAAUGAAACACUAUUUAGAUCCAAUAGCACAACCAAGUUUCCAGUUGAUUCGUGUAGUAUACGAAUGGGCUCGUCAAAUGUCAUUUGCCAACAUAAUGAAACUUACCGACAUUCAAGAAGGAAUAAUCGUAAGAUGCAUUCAACAACUAAACGAAACGCUACAGGACGUUAGAAAUGCGGCUAUUAUCAUUGGACAUCCAGCUCUGAAAGAGAAAAUGGAAGAAGCUUCCACGAAAAUCAAGAGAGAUAUCGUUUUUACAGCUUCGCUGUAUACACAAGAUUGAGUUACUUUUUUGUACACAAUAUCUGAAAAUGGCAAGGAAAAUAAAAAAAAAAAUAAACAUGUUUUCAAUAAUAUA